AUGGCGUCCCAGUCAAAUGCUUGGAAACUAGCUGUUUUGAAUGCAUUUCUCUUUAUUAACGGUACGUGUUCACUUUUUGACAAUAAAAACUCUUCAAAAACGUUUCUUUUUACGUUAGGUAGUCAGCCUAGGGUUUUUUCGCGAUUCAAAUUGGAAAUGUGUUGUGGUAAUCUCGGCGAUUGAUGUUUACAGUAAACAGUUACGAGAUUUAAAUAUUUUCGGUAACAUUUUAGCUAUAAAAAAAGUUAGAAGAAUAUUGACGGCUGUGAGGUGUUUCUUCAACAAACUUUCAAAGAAGCAACCAAAGAUCUUUUCAUAGUUUCUACUAAAAAUGUUGGAAUUAUUUGGGUGAGAGAGUGCGAAUUGUUUUGGAAAUACAACAUCAGCUUGCAGGUUUUAACUUAAAACUGCUUUUUUUCCUCUCUGAAUUAACAUUCAUCAUUUCUGUGUGGGGUGUUAAAGUCGAGAGAUUGUAGCAAGUGAAAUAGUAUUCGCAUUAUUUGGUUACAAACUGAACAUGUCUAAUGGCAGCAAAUGAGACCUACCAAACUGAGUGCACUUGUACAAAAUUAUUUUAAACUCAUUUGUUAUCAUAUGCUUUUUUAACAAAUUACUAUCUGUGUUCGAGCUCCGUACUGUAAGCUACAGCCUGAGCUUUUUUACCUUGUUCUUCAGUGUAAUACCGUGGCAUACUUUGAUUGUUCCAUUACCCUUUUAUGGUGAAAUAUGGCAGCAAGCACUAACUUAGAGAUUUCUCAAUAUUCCCCAUAAACAGGCUUGGUUUGUGUUUCAUCAUUAACAGCAACUAAUAGCACCUCUGUGAAAGUUGGUUAUUUAUGGGAUGAUCCAAAACUGGAAAAUGUACAUACCUCAGAAGUUGUUAUGGACAUGAAACACACAAGAAGUAUCUUGAGGCUGAUAUGUGAAAUCUACCCUCCAUUACCAAAUGAGGGAAAGCAUUGGGACAUGAAAGAUGAACUUGUUAAAUGGCAAAAAACAGGUCCCAAGGUAGAAGAGGUCAAAAGUGUACGCUACUGGUCUGAUGAUAUGACCAAAACUGCUAUUUCUUUCUCAAAUGUUACACUUGACAUCCUUGGGAGUUAUUCCUGUAUCUAUGGUGAUGUUUCGGCCACAAUUAAUGUGCUAGGUGAGAUAAAUGUGUUGUGCAUAAUUUGUGGAAAAUUGUUAAGCUUGUUUCAGAGACCAGAUUUUUUAUGGAAUGAGCCUACAUGGUAGUUUAAAUUUUGACUGAGGCAAUUUCCCUGUUGGAAAAGCACAACAGUUCACAUGUCAAAAAUAAGGUAGCUUUUCCUAGCACAGUUCAGGGGUUUUUUUAUGCUGUUUCAGGAAAAGUUCAUGAUCAGCAUAUUUUGUAUAUUAAGGUUUGGUACUGGGACAUGGUAUUAUAAAGCCUUUGAAACAAAGUCAUUUUGUAUGCAUAUUCUCCAGACUGUUCUGUAUACAUUUCCUAAGGUGCUGCCAAGGAGAAUUUGUUAAAACAAUCAUACUCUAAUCUUUAGUUGGUGGUCAUUUCCUAUAUUCUCAAGACAUUGAUGUUGAAUUCAGUGGCAAUAUUGUAAGGAGAAAUUAGAUAUUAAUAACUCCUGGGGGUUAAGGGGUUUAAGGAAUAUUUAUGGUUCUAAAUUCUUUGAAAUGACAAGUUUAAUAUGUAACAUUUAAAUGCUAUUUUGUUUAAUGCUUCCUAGUGGCUGAUGUGGAGACAGCUAAAAUGUUGAAAACCCCAGAAAAUGUGAUAGAGCUACACACCUGCAUCUCUUACAUGAAAGAUAAAUCUGGGAUAAAUGGAUGGAGAGAUGAACAAAAUCUCUUGAAGGUGAAUUUAACAUACUGUAACUUAACCAGCCUCUGCUGUAAGUGAGGAAUUUUUUAAGCUUUAAUCUUGAAUUAUUAUGGAAAAAAAAUUGUUAAGUGCUGAAACUGUUACAAAUCUUGAAUUAGUUAACUUUAUUUAACAACGAAUUAUAGUUUUCAAUCAUCAUCAUCUUUCAUGAUAAUAUUUAUUGAUAAUAACUUUUUCUUUUUGUUUCUUGAACAGCCUAUUGGAACAAAUGAAAACUGCCCUGUGCAGCAGAAUUCAGAGCAUUCGGCAACAACAGGUUGUUACUAACUCAGUAUGUAACACUUUGUUUUGUGAUUGGUGCAGAGUGGUACAAGUCUUGGCUACCAAUCAGAUGCUUAUACCUAAGCCAUUUGUGACUUUUUCCGACCCAUUUAUCCUGUACUCAAGACAACAAUUUCUCAAAAAAAAUAGUUUAUAUAGAAUUUGCAUGCCCAGUUGCUAAUUUUUUUGCCUCUAGCUUGAUCUUUUAAACCUUUAACUCCCACGAGUGACCAAGACAGAAUUUCUCCUUUCAACUCAGAAUCAAGCAUACUAGUGAGGAGAAUAAAGAUGAAAACUCAAUUAGGGGACUACAAGUUGAUCCAAUACCAAAUUCUCCAAAUUAAAAUCAUAUUAUUAAGUAUUAUUUUUAUAGCAGGCAGUAGGGAGAAUUACUAAUGAGAUCUUGGGAGUUAAAUGGUUAAAGUAUUGGCACUCAGGUGAGAAGUGGGUAAUAUGGUCAGAUCAACCCAUGAUAAUCUUUUAUAAUAAGAUUGAUAAAUUAAGGAGAAAUUCUCUCUUGGUCACCUAUGGGAAUUAAUAGUUUAACUGAAUCAUUAUUGCAGUCUUUUAUAUUCAUUUGUCUUUAUUUUGCUUUGUCACAAAAUAGUUCACCAGCUUUAUGCUUCAGAUUUCAAGGUCAUUGCAGCUAUGGGAGAUUUGUUUACAGUAUGUGUUUAUUUCACGAUAAAUAAAUUAAUUUUGUUAUUUUCCAAUCUAAUGGAAGUUUGAGGUGUUCAUUUCCUUUGAUAAAUACAAUUUUGUUUUUCAAGGUUGGCCAAGGAGCAAGAGCAACAUCAGUGAAUGGAUUUUUCUUGGAUUACAAAGAUUUCUCAUGGAGGUAAAAAUAUUUUGAUUGCUGAUGUUAAUUACUUUUGGUUUUAAAAUUUAUGUAAAUAACAAUAUGUUUGGGCACCAAUCCAGGUAAUUAAAAGUUCCAUGAAAUCAAGUAUCAGAAAAAAAAGGGGUAACACACAGAUGUCAUCCUAGUUCAUGGGCCAUUGCCUUUAACAUUAAAGAGCUUUUUCCCCAGCUUAAAGGCAUCCUUCCCAGGAAUCUACCAAAUGGAAAAGAAGAGGUUGAGUUGAAUCUCAGGUCAAAGUGAUCUUGAUGGAAACUGGUUUCAAUAGCUUGAUAUGAUUUUAUAUUAAUUUUGUUCAAGGUUCAUUAAUUAAGGUAGUCCUGACAAAUCCAUUCAGAACCAUGUGUCAAAUGUGGGCAAUUUAAUUUAAAACUCAUAAUCAUGUCAAUCCAACACGAUCAGAUCGUAAAAUGCAACAAAAAAAAUUUGAAUUAUUAUUUUCAUGUCUUUGAGGAAGUGUGAAAUACUAACAAAUGUUUGUUCAAAGUGACUUCUUUAUUUUUUUUACCUUAAAACUUUCCAUAUUUGUACAUUUGGUAGCCUUGGAGGAGCAAAUCAUCUGAAUCAAACAAUAACAGUGCCAAGUGAGUCUCCUACUUUUAUUUUACUUUCACUGUCACUUAACUCUUUAAUUCCCAGAUCAAAUUUGUAAUUCUUCUUAUUGUCAACCAUACAAUUCUUACAAUGUUAGUUUGGAGAAUUUAGUAUUGGAUGAACUAAUUAUCUCCAAAUUGAUAUUUGUCUUAGUUUAUUCUCAUUACUUAUCUGGUUGAUAUUGUAUUUACAUUUUAGAAAAAAAUUCUGUCUCAGUCAUUCAUGGGAGUUAAAGGGGUAACAUAAUUUUUUUGGCUAAUGUUUAAUAUUUUUGUAUGAUUAUUAAAUUGCUGGCUAUUACUAGAGCAUGUCUAAAUUUUAAUAGCCCUUACUUUCAAAAUUAGGUGUAAAUCUUCCAUCAAUAAUUUGAAACAAUUGUUUUACACUUUUGACAUUCUGUUUUUAUUAAAAGAGUACUAAAGAUUUUAAAACAGGAGUAUUCUGGACAAUUUAAUAGUCUUAAUAUAUCAAUAUGGUAGCAUUUAGUGAUAAUUAUAUAAGAUUUGUUUGUUUGUUUGAUUUCUAUCAAAUUAUUUUACAGAUAUCAUCAGGCAAUUCAGCCCAUCUGUAAAGGGUGCAUCUGCAAAGGUGUCACAGGAUGAAGAUGGUUUUGUUGAUGAUCUUAAUGUGGCCUUUCUUGGUGCCUCUGCAAGGUAUAUGUAGUACAUGUAUUGAAAGAAACAUUCUUACUCCUUUGGCAAGGGACUGUCAACUUCCUUUUAAGAUGUACAGUCAGUAUUAAUCCUUUGGCUCCAAUGAGUGACUAAGGUAGAAUUUCUCCUUACAAUAUCAAUACAAUAUCAGGUAUGCAAGUAAUGAGAAUAAAGAAAAAUACCAGUCAAGAAAUUCUGAGUUCAUCCACUACCAAAUUCUCUGAACUAACAUCACAAGAAUUUUAUGGCAGACAGUAGGGAGAGUUGCUUAUAAGAACCUUGCUAAGAUUCUUAUUAAGAUUCCUAUCAAGAAUCUUAAUAAGAAUCUUAAUAAGAUUUCUACCUGGGUACUGAGGUAUUGGGAGUGAAACGGUUAAUAGAUCACAAUAAUAAAGGUAUAGUAAAGGAAUUAAUCUUUUUUUUUUGUUUAUCAUAAAGUGACCUUGAAAAUCAAGCCAAGGACCUGGUUUCAAGAAUGAAAGCUAUGAAGGUAAUCAGAGUGUGACAUUUUAAAAUGUGUGGUUUAUUAUAUAUUGUAUAGAAACUGAAAAAAUAUAUAUAUUUUUUUUUUACCCAAAGGUCUAAGUGAAUCGAUUUAAAUUUCUGUGUUGCUUGAAUAUAAACUAGGGUAUUGACUUCAAGAAUGACUGGAAACUUCUCACAAUUUGGAUUGGAACAGAUGACCUCUGUCAAGUUUGUGAGGAUGAGGUAAGAUUUGCCUGGCACAAAUGAUAAGUGCUAAUAUCAACCUUUUGCCCCCACAAGUAAUAUCAAUUGUAAUAAGUCAUUAAUUAAUAAAAUAUUGUAUCAGUUGUUAUUAAUUACCCAGUCAUUGAGAUGUUACUGAUAACUGAUUAAAAAAUAUAUAUCAAAUUGGGAUUUCAAAUGUAGAUUUUGUUUAGAUAAGUUAUAAAUGAAUUAGUUAAUUUUUAUGUUCAACUGCUGCUCACAAAUGGAUCUUAAAUUCCCACAAGCUGUGCUUCCACUGGAGACAAGUGAAAAGAGUCUACAAUCAGUAACAUUAGCAGGAGUUUGAGUGAUAAUUAGAAAAAGAAACUGGAGUACUGAGAGGGUUUUAAUAGUCAAUGAUAGAUAAAUAAAUUAUUAGAGGAAGGCAUUAAUAUUAAUUUAUUCAAUACAUUGUAUGUUUUAUCAUUGUUUAAAGUGGUAUGGAAUCAAUUACUAAUGCCUGUUCUACUUUUUAAUGAUUUCAGGAGAAAUUCAGUGCUGGUUCUUUUAUAAAAUAUAUGAUGCGCACACUAAAUCACCUAAAAAAUAAGGUGAGUAAAUGUUUUGAUUUUAUAAUUAGUCAGAUUGAUAAUAUGAAGUAUUUCCAGAUGAAUGUUCAGGGUGCAAAUCCAUUGUAGGAAUUGAGGAGACAUUCUGACUGUUUACCUCAGUCUCAGAUUGUCCUUAAUAUUUAUUGUAGUUGACUUUGUCACUUUGUGUUCUUAGGUGCCCAGGUUGUUUGUGAAUUUAGUUCCACCCAUGGAUGUUUCUCCUCUUUAUGAGUUACAUCAAGCAAAUACCAACUCGUGCCAAAUUCUGGGAUGGUAGGUUCCAUAACAAUAUUUUCUUGUGAGAUACAUACACCCUGCUCAAUUCAGCACAGUGUUUUAUCCUUUUCACUUUAAUUGUAUUUUACGCACAGAGAUAGGUUUGUUGAUCUUAUGAAGGAUGCAAGACUAAAUUUAAGUUGUUGACCUCUCAGAAAUAGCCUGCUGAUGUAUAAAAUCCUGAAAUGUUAAGGAGAGGUUGUGGGGGGAGAGGGGCGGGGAGUACAUAGAGUAGAGGGGAAGGGGUGGAGGAGUACACAGAGUAGAGGGGGAGGGGUGGAGGAGUACACACAAUAGAGGGGGAGGACUGUAAUUCCUCCAUGCACAUUUCAGUAACAACUUAUUCUUUUUUAGAUCAGCUUUAUGCAGAAAUUGAAUUUUAAAUGAUUACAAGCCAUAAAGCUAUGACUCAGACAUAUUUAUUUUCUUUCCAGGAGCUCUUGUCCUUGUUUGAGAAAGGUUGCCACAGAAAGAGCUAAAAUUACCAUGGCUGUCAAACAGUAUAAGGUUGAAGCACACUUGUUGAAACUUUAUUUUUAACCAACUCUUAACUUCAUUUUAAAGAGUGAUUAAAUAAAAUAAUUACAGUUUGUAGGUAUUAUAAUGGCAAAUAAUAUGGUCUCAGUUGGAUUAACCCUUUACAUGCUAACAUCAGUAUGAAUAUUCUCCAUUAUGUGCUGACAAGGAGAAUUCAAGCUCUUCUUCAGUUGCUGAUAAUUUCCUCUCUUCUUGUGACCUUAAUAAGUGAUUCAGUGGCUCUUAGAGGCCAAAGGGAUAAUAAAUAAGAGGGAGUUUUUAAGAAUGUCAGCUGUAGCUACCAACUAUCUGCAUGAUUUUGUUAGUCCCUGUCAAGGAAGAACAUUAAAUUUUACACAAUUAGGUAAAGAACUGCAGUAUAUAAAAUUCUGUUACCUCUCCUAGUAACCCUGACUUACAAACAUGCUACUUAAAAAUGAAAUUUUCUUUGCUUGCUGAUCAUAUACAUAUACUGUUAGGAAAAAUAAAAUAAUUACCGGUACUGGUAAAAUAAAGAGAAUAUUUUGAACUUAGAAGAAUUACAGUGCAAAUGAACUUGGUAUAAGAAUCAGUAAUGAUGCAUUACGAUAAAUAUUUGCACUGAUCUUUUGAAGUUAGGAUUGCUUGACUAUGAGCUUAAAGUAAUCCUUUUCUUCUCAUCAAAUUGUUUUAAAGCUUUGACAAACAUGUAAUAUUUUUUUCUAUCUGUCCCUGUAAAGAAAUUAUUGGAGGAACUGGUGAAUAGUGGAAUAUAUGACACAAAGGAUAACUUUGCAGUGGUUAUUCAACCUGCCCUCCAGGUGCCGCCAAGAAAUCAGGUGAUUGCUUUUUGCUAUUUAGAGAUCAAGAUUUUCAUCCCAGAAAGUGCAGUACAUAUCUUUAGCAACUCUUUAGUUGUGAUGUAAUUUUUUAAAGAGUUUUUCCCGUUAGUAAUGUCAGUAGAGGGUUGUCAUUAAGCAGGGGAUGCUGGCAAAAUUCAUUGCAUGAAAUAGUAGCAAUCACUGGCUGGACUUUUAGCUGGUGAUCCCUUUAGUAAGUAAAGCACAACAGACAUUUCUGAGAUUAGGCAGAGAUUAUAGUGGUUUGAUAUAGAAUGGAAUGCUAGCCAAGUUUGAGCCACCUCUCUUAAAAUUUCAGCCUGCUCCCUUAUUUCUUAGUUACAACCCUGCCAGUAUGUACAUUGUAAACAACUCAGGAAUACAAUAUGGAGCUGCAUUUUUUUUUCACAGGAUGGUGAUUUGGUGAAAUCCUUUUUUGGUGUGGACUGCUUGCACUUCUCUGUUCAAGGUCAUGCUGCAGCAGCACUAGCUUUGUGGAACAAUAUGGUAGGUUGGUUAUUAUAAAUUGAUGAUACACUUUGUUUAAUGCAGGUGAAUUAUUGUUGCAGAUCCUCUAAAUCCUAGGUAAAGGGAGUGUUUUAUAGGCCCUAGAACUGAACUCUGACCUGCAAAGUUGCAGGAAAUUUCUCUUCCAGGCCUUGAAAGUCAAUUUAUUUGAGUGUGGGGUAUGCAAAGUAAUGAUUACAAUUAUUAAAAAAAGGUUGAGUAUAGUUGUGAAGAAAGCCAGAAAUUAAUGAAAAGGUAGAUAAUUAAGAAACCUGGAGCAAAAUAACUAAAUUUAAUUUACAUGUAUAAGAAAAGUACCUUUGGAUAAGGUUGUAUACAAAGCCACUGCAGGUUGGUGGUAGUAUUUUUUUGUUUGACCACAAAAUUAACCCUGUUUGGAGAUGGAUGAAGGCUGACACUUGACAAAAAAACUUGCAUUAUCUUAUUUAAUUCUUCACUUAAAACUAUGCGUUCUAAUUUAUGACAUUUGGAAGUCAGAGAUAAUAUUUGAAAUAAUGAUCAUUGUAGUUGGAACCAUUUGGAUCCAAGACAAAGCAGUGGGGUGACCAGGAGACCUUAAGAUGCCCAUCUAAGGUAUGCAAUGUUAAGAAUUAAUAUUCCUUUAGGUAUCAGUUGGAAGUAGGAAAGAGAAACAAUUCUUUUUGGUCCAGAAAAGCACAGUCUGUGGGUUAUGAGAAGCUUGCUACACAGUCAAAGGCAAUUUAUUGUGUAAUUUAUGUGUAACCUUGUGAUUCAACCCAGAGAAACCUAUCUGUACAUACACCUUGUACCCCACUGACAAAAAGACUCCAUGUCAUCAUUCAGUAUUACUGUAGAAGACAGAUGACAUCAAAAUGUGGUAAGAACAAAAAGGUGGCAGCCAUGUGUCACUGAUGUUCUCACCACAUUGCGAUGUUUUCUGUGAUUUAGUAUUGUGCAGACCAACAGCAACAUUAACAUAGUCUUUGUUUUACAUGAUGAAAAAGCACGAUGUUGUUGGCAGUGAUGUCGCCCAUGCAUCUGCCUUCCAAUACAUCAAAUGCAUAUGCAAUUCAGCUUAUCAUGUAUAUCAUAAUUAAGGGAGACAAAUGUCUACAUUUGAAAAUGUUGUUGGCCUACAAGAUUAGUACAAGUGAAAGUGAAUAUCUUGAAUGACUUUCUAGCAUUGACAGUUGACUGAGUGCAGUUUUUUGCCACUUUUAGGACAAGCCAUACAUGUUCACCAAAGUUAACAGUAGAACAGUCACAAAUACUGUUGCUGCUAAUGAUAAUGAUGACAGUGAUGACAGGUCAUCUCCUGGUGACUUUCCACCUGUUGCUGCUGUGGCUUUGGCUAUGUCCCUCACAGCUGUUGUCAUUAUUGUAGUUGUGAUGGUGUGGAGAGGACGAAAAUCACGGCGGAGACCAGAGGCAUCUAGAUUGCUGUAUGCUUCUGGACCUCACAAACCAAGACUAUGAGCAUUUUAGAAAAAAAAAAAAAGAAGGCUUACUAUUAAUCACCAUGGCUCACUAGUUUAGGUGAUUGUCAGUGCUCUGGGCUGACAAGUGAACUUACAGCUUACUGUCAGUCACUUAUGUGAUAACCUUUGUUCUGAAGUCCAGACUUUUUAGAUUGACCAGUUGGAAAAGAGUCUACAGGCAAAAUAAUUUAUUGUAUAAUAACAGGUUUCCUGGUGUAUAAGUUUCAAAAUAAUUCAUUACAGAAUUCAUAACAAAGUAAUUAGGAUGUGUUAUAAUGAAGAUUUACAUGUGAGAUCUUGUUAAUGGUGAGUUAGAGGUCCAUUCAUUCUAAAUUAGUAGUUUUGUGCCCACUUUAGGGAAAACACCACAAUUUUUAGUGGUUUGUACAUUCCAGAUGUGAAGAAGCACAGUAUCUUUGACUCUUUCAUCAUUUGAUUCAUCAUAACCUUGAAUAAUUUGAAUAUAAGUAUAUACUAAAACAGUAAAUGGUGUUAAGGGAUGCUUUGAUUGGUUACUCAAACUCCAAAUAUCCUCUGCUAUUCACCUCUGAGCUACUCAUUCAGGAUUUGGGCCCAAAAAUACAAGUGAAUAAAUGAGUUAAUAUCAUCUUGUUGUGCUAUACUUUCAGUGUAGGUAGCAGAGGUGGAUCUUUAACUUGCUGCUUCCCAGCUUGGUGAACAUUCACCACUAGCCACCUCCACCUCAGUGAAUAAUUGUUACCUGUUCAUUGAAGAUCAUCAGUCCUGUCAAAGGCAGGGGGGGGAAAAGGUUCAUCACCUGCCCUUUAAGGUUACCUCGCUGUAAAAAGGUAUACUUUAACUGUGCAGUUAUUUAAAAAGAGAAUUUCCCAUUCUUGCUCAGACUGUUAAAUGCUUCAUUGCAAGUUGUG